CGCUACUUUUCAUACCUAAUAUACCCCCUCUACCCUUGCUCAAUCCCACAUCUACCCUUGCGUACAACCACACCAAAGCACGGACUCCAGAACCAAAAUAUAAAAUCUCAAGUUGGACAAAAACCAUUUCAAAUCCGACACCCAUGUUUAAAACUCGUUCCAGGCACGCCCUUCUUCUUACUGAACAGCUACAUAACUAACUGAUAGUCUUUUUGGUUACCGGCCACGUGGAGUUUCCGGUGAUAGAUGGGGGUGUCUGGCCGGAAUAAAAGUAACGGCGACCACAACAUGAAGCUGUUUAGGCUCUGUCCGUUCUGGCAAACAGCGACUAACUCUUCCACUUCCUCUUCUACACAAAACCUUAACCACAGUCACAAGGGCAGCAGCAACAGUGUCCGACACGUGGAGGUUAAUAGCAGCGGUUUGAAGUCCGCAACCGUGUCCUCUGUUGCGCGAUCGCUUUUACCUGCUCCGCGAAGGCUCCGGCUUGAUCCUGCUAAUAAUCUCUACUUCCCUUAUGAACCCGGGAAGCAAGUAAGAAGUGCGAUAAGGUUAAAAAACAGAAGCAAGUCUCAUGUUGCUUUUAAGUUUCAAACAACUGCACCGAAGAGCUGUUACAUGCGUCCACCCGGUGGUAUCCUUGCUCCAGGAGAGAGCCUUAUUGCGACGGUUUUCAAGUUUGUGGAGCAACCGGAGAACAAUGCAAAACAAAUGGACCAGAAGAGCAAUGUUAAAUUCAAGAUUGUGAGUUUGAAAGUGAAGGGAGGAAUAGAGUAUGUGCCUGAACUGUUUGAUGAACAAAAGGAUCAAGUAACAGUUGAGCGCAUAUUGCGGGUUGUGUUUUUAGAUGCAGAGCAUCCUAGUCCUGCAAUGGAGAAACUGAAGCUUCAGUUGGCUGAAGCAGAGGCUGCUCUUGAAGCACGCAAGAAACCUCCACCAGACACAGGGCCCCGUGUUGUGGGGGAAGGUCUCGUGAUAGAUGAAUGGAAAGAGCGGCGAGAAAAGUACCUGGCUCGACAACACGUUGAAGCAGCAGAAUAGGUGUGGCACGCGGUCUGAUCUUUGCUGUAAGUUGUAUUAAUUCAGCCUCUUGACUAAUGGGCAAGGGGAGGUGGGGUUGAGUCGGCAGUCAGGUGCCACCAAGAGGAGAAAAUCAUGUAGUUAUGCCGAUAUUUGUUUGAUGGAUGGUAUGGAGGUCAGGUCAGGGUGCUAGGGAUGGGCUUGCCCUUCUACAUGUGUACAUAGCGGAUUUGUUUUGCAAUGGAAAUAAAUCAAUCUUAUUUGGUAUAA